AUUCCAAAUAAAAUAUAGAACAUAAUCAAUAUGUUUGCAUGUAGCUCAACUGUAUAACUUUUCAUUAUGUUACUUUUAUUCAAUUAUAGUAUGUAUAAUCAACAUAAAAGUUCCAUGUAUGUAAUUCGAAAGAAAUAUUAAAGUUCUAUCUUUAUACUUUAUUUAAUUAAAAUUCAGGUCAAAAGGCACAAUUAUUUUUUAUCAGAAAUAAUAUCGUACUAAAGUACCGAGAAAGAGAUAAUCUUAAAUUACAAUUAUUUAUAGUUAAAAACGCUUCUCGUAGUGAGGGAAGGUCAGGCAAGCUAUGGCCAAACUAAGUAAUCGAAGGUGUGUACAAUAUACACAAGUGGAGUGAAAUAAUACGUGUAAUAAGUGAAAUUGCAUGUCGUACGCAGGCGGCGAUGUAACGUAUUGUCACGCGAGAUGGCUUAUCAGCUUAGUUGCUCGCCAGGUGUAGGAUUCAUUAAGGAUAAUACGCAGGAUUAGUAUUCAAGUCAAAUUUAGUUCUUUACAAACGUUGAAUGGGUGCAACACGUUCUCUUCCCGCGCCUGACGACAAUUUGAUUACACUCACAAUUAAGAUAAGUGACUGUUAGUUAUCUGAGUCUUAUUGUUUACGUAAUUUAUUAUUUUAACAAAGGAACUACACAUUCAACUGUACAUAAAAUUUGAAAACAUUAGUCCAUAGGUAGUAGAUGGUUUAAGAUGAUGACGGAUGUGAAAACUUUAAAACAGGCAGUUAGUCCUAUCAUAUGGCUCAAUUGUAUAUUUUGUAUGGGAAUAUUCGAAUUACCCAUAAAUCGCCCACGAUAUUUCCUAAGCAUUUUCUACGCCAUUUCGAUAUUGAUUAUAUAUUUUUUUUUACUUUACGAAGGAAUUUGUAUCUUUUUGGAAGCGUUCAGUUCUGAUUUUAUUAUAUUUCAAUUUGUUAUGGGGGUCAAUAUCAUGGUAGCUAUCUUGGCUAUAAUUCUGUUUUGGUGGAAAUCAGAGAACAUGACUAACAUAAUUAAGAAAACGAGCAUGGUGGACAAUACUUUGAAGACAUUGGGUUUAAAACCGGAAUACCCGAAAAUUUUUCGGAAUGUUCUGUAUCUCAUUAUUGUCUGGACAGUAGGCAUGAUAAUAGUAGGCAUCACGAAUAUACUGUGGAUGUAUCAUGAGACUGGAUACGGAUCUGCUUUUCUUUGCUCCAUAUGCAUCUGUUUUCCGAUUAUGAUAAAUUCUAUAGUAGGCGUCACCUUCGCUUCGUUUAUUAGAUGUAUUCAACAAAAAUUUCAAAAGAUAAACGAUCUAGUUGACAAUAUAGUGCUGUGCGUAAAUAAAUCAAAUACCAUUAAGAUUCAUAAUCAGCAUAACAAUACGUCUAUUACGUUUGUCAUGGCAAACUAUAAAAGCCACAAAAACAAGAUAAUGCAUCUCAUUCAGACAUUAAGAAUUUUACAUUUGGAAAUUACAAAAAUAGGACAACAAAUUAAUCAUGCUUAUUGUUUGCAACUUCUGCUCGAAAUGGCAGUUCAUUUUACGGUAGUAACAGCGACUACGUAUUGCUUAUACCGAGUAUUUUCUGGCCAUUUGAUGAUCGCCGGCGAAAAAGUUUUAGACAUGGCAUUAUGGGGAUGCAUUUAUUCAGUUAAAAUUAUAUUAGUAAAUUGUCUUUGCACGAGUGUAUCAACCGAGGCAUAUAAAACUGGCGAAAUUAUACAAUCUUUUGAAGGGUCUAUUAUUGAUGAUGAUAUGAGAGAAGAGAUUCGUCAAUUUACACAGCAAGUAGUGCUUAAUUCAUUAAAUUUUACUGCUUCUGGUUUUUUUACAAUUGAUAAUUCUCUUACUGGCAAGUUCUUUGCCACGGUCACAACAUACGUCGUCAUUCUAAUACAAAUGAAUGUAUCAGCCAACUGAUCCAUAUAAUAUAACAACAUGUAAAAUGAGAAGUUAAACAUAAUAUAAUUAAACAUGUUAUAGUGAUACUUCUAUUAAUACUGAUAUUUCAAAAAUUUACGAAAAAAUUUUAUAAGAGUUUAUUUAAGUUAUUUUGAUAAAUGUCGUGUAAUUAAUAAAAAUAAAAGUUUUUAAAGUAUAUUUAAAGUAAUAUAUAUAAAAUUAAUUAAAAAUAUGUUCAACACUAUACAAACUUGAGAUUAGAAAAAUUUCAAGUAAGUUGUUAUAAAGAUAUAAGUAUCAUAGAAUAAUGAAUAAACAAUUAAUAUUUAAUUAAAAAUAUACUUUUAUAUUUGUGACAUUAAUGAGUAAAAUAAUAAAAGUUUAAGUAAUAUAUAGAUUAAUCCUUAACUGCUGAUAA